AUGUCAGAUCAUACAGCAGCCGCGAUUGAAUUGAGCAUCAGUCCUCAAGUGCCACCCGCACCUGCUGCAGGUAUGUAUUGGUCACGUGCUAUUACGUAUGGCAAAAGUCCCUCUAGACCUUUACGUGCUCACUCGGCCAACUUGAUUGGUGAAUGUCUUUAUGUGUUUGGUGGAUGUGACAUGAAGACAUGUUUCAAUACAUUGUAUAUAUUAGAUAUGGAUACCUUGACUUGGUCCAAACCACGUACAUCAGGUCAAUUACCUCCUCCUUGUCGCGCUCAUUCCUGUACCACGGUCGAGCGAGACUCAGGUGCAGGUAAGAAAUCCUAUAGUCUGUAUGUCUUUGGUGGCGGUGAUGGUCCCAAUUAUUUUAAUGAUCUCUAUGUGCUCAAUACAGACACGUUGGUAUGGUCUAAACCCAAGACAGUAGGUGAACCGCCUUCACCCAGACGUGCGCAUACCACUUGUAUCUGGAACCAAAAGAUUAUUGUUGUGGGUGGAGGCGAUGGUGCACGUGCGCUGGCGGAUGUGCAUACGUUGGAUGUCUCUGAGCCUCAUCCCAUCUGGUCUCGAUUACAAACCGAGGGAACACCACCUAUUGCCCGAGGCUACCAUACAAGUAAUCUGGUCAAAGAUAAGCUGAUUGUGUAUGGUGGAAGUGAUGGGCAUGAGUGUUUUAGUGAUGUGUAUGUGCUGGAUCUUGUCAGUCGUCGAUGGAGUCAAAUCGAUCUCGAUCGUACUGUACCUCGUUUAGCUCAUUCAGCUACACAAGUAGGAUCCUAUGUGUUUGUUAUUGGUGGACAUGAUGGUAGUCGCUAUUCGAAUGACGUCUUGUUAUUAAACUUGGUGACAAUGAGUUGGGAAAUACGCAAGAUUUAUGGUGGUGCACCUAGCCCAAGAGGCUAUCAUACGGCUGUACUACAUGAUUCUCGACUCUAUGUAUUGGGUGGUUAUGAUGGCAGACAUGUGUUUGAAGAUGUUUACAUGUUGGAAUUAAGUGCUUGCGCUUACCUUCCACAAAUCACUAAUUUUGAAAUAGACGUUUAA